AGUAGAUUGCAUUGAUUGUGUACUCCCCCCAAAAUUUUGUACAUUGUGACCCGAUACGAGAAUCAAUGCUAAGCGAUGUACUCCCCCCGAAAUGUACACUGAUCUGAGACGAGAACUCAAUACAAUUCUAAGCUAAUAUCACCUUUUAAAUCGUUUUUUUCUUCCUCCUCGAAUUUAUUUAAGAGCCAUUCUCCGAAUCGCGCUAGCAACAUGUGUUGAUGUAGCAGCCCUGUUGCUCAUCGUAUUUCUUCUUCAUCUCGCGUCGUUGCCUAUGUGCUUUACUAUGUUGGUACAACACGAUGUACUCUUACUACUACCGCUGCGUGCAGAACAGCAUAGCACGAAGACUACUGUACAACAUGCAAUUGUUAUUUGUACGGAGAUCAAGUACUAAAAGUUGGUCGUGAUCAACCAUCAAUCGAUCCUGAUUGAACACAAAGUUCAUCAUCUUUCCUCGUUCUGCUGACAGGACAAGAAGUCAUGGGAAACGCGAAGAGCUUGUCGCUAGCGGAAGCCAGAGAAAUUGUGGACCAGAUGGAGGAGGAGGAAGGGCUUUUCUCCGGCGACGAAGUCACGGUGGAGGAACUUCAGGUUGCGAAGGAAACCUACUUCGACGACGAACACUUUGACGACGAUGUUGAUGCAAAAACAUCAAAACUCAAGCAGCCACUUCUGAACAGGGAAGAUGUAACAUCGGUGGAAAGACCAGUUGGAGCCGGUUCGUCUGUCGACACAAAUAAUCUUCGCGCGAAUAUUAAAACUAAGCAUCAGGGAACAAUACCACGACGGCCGGAGGGCGAGGGCCCUGGAAGCUUUGAUUCCAACGAGCGGGUUACCAUUCAAGUGUCCCCCGGCACCGGGGAAGAUGUGCCCGUGGAAAUGUUCGGCCUGACUCCGCCGUCGACUUUGGGCCACGCGAAUCUCAUGAAACCUCGCACCGCACCAGCACCAGGCGGACGCAUCUCGGGUGUGGUCAAGAGUGCCUUCGUGACGGGAGACAAAGAGACUUCCGGAAGAGCACCUUUUGUGCGCGACUCGUUCGGCCCCCGAAAAUCGCGAAGCUCGACGUCGUCUAUCCCCCCGGUGAGCGACAUUACGACCUCGCUUCACCGAGAGCGAGGCGAGCGGCUGAACCGCGAACCGGGCUCGGCCGCAGCGCCGCAUGGCCGUUUCAGUGCGCGGACCGCGCAGAAGCAGUUCCGGUCGGCGGGGGCUAAGCACAAGCAGUCGAGGGAGAACCUGAUCCGGGGAAGUCGAGGAGUGCGGAUCGAAGACGAGGAAGAUGAUGAUGAGCGCGUGUUCGACCACAAUUCCCAUUCUGGUUCCGAAGAAUCAGUGUACGCCAACCUGAGCCUGAACCUGAACCCGAACGCACCAUUGCCGGCUCCCCCCCCCGCGCUCGGCGCGAACCUCGUCGACCUACUGCACGGCGAAGGGUCGGGGAAACAGCGGAGCCUGUUGGUCGAAUCCGGACAGUCGGGCCAGCAGAGCGCCGGCCAGCGGAGCUUUGCGCUGGAGUCGGGGCAACUUACCGACGACGGCCGGAAAAAAAUGAGUAACAUCAUGGCCAAUGUCCGAACAAAUACCGAUUCGUUCAGGAACGGAAGCCGGGGUCGCGAUGGAAUCGCGGCUGGCGAUGAAGACGAGGAUGAUGAUCGCGACCCGGUGAAUUGGACGUUGGUGUGGCUCGCCUUAGCGGGGGUUGGCCUCCUCAUCGUGAUUGGUGCCGUCGUGAUCGUCAUGUGCUGUUGCAAGAACAAGGCGGACGCGGACGACGACGAUGGAAACGAUGAGAACGAAGGAGGUAACAACGGCAACAAGAAGAACGCAAAGACAACCGGAAAGUCAGCGUUUUUGGAGGACUGGCGACCUCUCAACGUCCGGCUGCGCGGGAGCGUCGCGCUUAUGAACUUGAAUUCGGUCGUCGUCGGCCCCACAACCAGUCCCUGAGAGUCACCAGAUAUCAACCAUAGUGCCGUUUUUUUGCAUAUACAGCAUACAGUGCGCGGCAAAGUUAGUAGUGUCCCCUGCUGUGUAUAAAAUGAUUUUCAGGCCACCAAGAUGAAGAAAUAAAUGAAAAACAAGAGAGGCGCGGCUUCGUUCAACAGCCCCUGUUUCCUGGGCACAGUUAUCGUGGCUCGAGGGAAAAAAUGUAGUUGUGGGGGCAGGCGUUUUGCAUUAGGAUAAAUCGCCAAUCAGCCGCAUCGCGGGCAGCGGCUUCAACACUAUCCUCUGCCAACGAAGGAGUUCCAAUGGUGGACUACGAUUUCAAGCGGGUCUCGGGUGGUGAAUCUUAAAUGCUUUCGACUCUUUUCACUUUACAUUACAUAUCUGUUUAGCAUCACGUUUCUUUUACUGGUUUAUUUUUUACAGCUUUUACAAAGAAAAACAAAAAUUCCAAGCUUUGAGCUUUUUU